UACAUGUAAUCUGUGAUUUUAUCUUUGAACUAUGAUAUUUAUAUUUGUUCUCAUUUGUACAAGGGCGUCAGAAAAAUCUUUACGCCUCAAAACAUUUACGAAUUCUGCCCAAGCAAUCGGUGUGCCAGAUUCAGAGAUACUCUAUUUAUUCUUUCUAUCGAUCGGUGUUUUUAACUCCAUGAAAAAUGGAGGUUUACUUUUUGGUGUGUCUGUGAUUCCGGAUAUGUGUUGUCAGCAUAAUCUUUUUAACAUCAUGGUGGAUUGUAAUGAUACAUUUUGUAUCAUAGUUCAAAGGUAGAAUGCCAAACAAAUUGACUUGUUGUUAUCCAGUUUUGCCUCGGGGUGUUGCAAAUGACUUGCCAGGUUAUCUACGACAAUAGUAGGGCUGCGCUUAUCCGAGUUUAAUUGACUUGACCUGAUCUAUACCUGCGAGCUUGGUCUGUUUCCUCAUUGAGAUUCGAGCCUUCCGAACUGUCGGUUGGGACAAUCUUUGCUCCGUCACGAGCCACACUAGGUCUUAUCUACCUGUACUAACUACCACUUCUGGUGUAGAAUGACGUCCGAGAAGCUUCCUUACGGUCACCUCAUGCCGGAGAGAAGCACCCGCCGGGAGCGCACGGGCGGCCCGCUCGGCUCGCUCGUCGGUGUUCUCGGCGCCGCCGCGGUGUUCGCCUCCGCCGUGGUGCUGGCCGUGAUCGUGCAGAACAUCGGUCAUGAGAUGGGGAACCUCCGGGCUAAGGUGGAGAGGGAUCAAGAGGAGAUGGCUAAACUACAAGAAAGGGUGGCCAUCCUUACUGAGACGACUGGGAGCUUUAAGCUGAGGGCUGAGAAAGACCAAGAAGAGAUGACUAAACUACAAGAAAAGGUGGCUAUCCUUACUGGUACGACUGAGAGCUUUAAGCUGAAGGCUGAGAGAGAUCAAGAGAUGACUAAACUACACGAGAGUGUGGCUACCCUCAAAACAGCAGCCGAGAGAGAUCACGAUGACAUGGCCAAACUCCAAGCUCGGGCCGAGAGAGACCAGGAGGUGUUUCUGUCCCUGAGGGAGCGGAUUGUCGUGCUGGAAACACAGAUCAGAGGCGGGAGUUUCCCACCAAACUACGCCGAACAACAAGAACCACCUGAUACGCCUGAGGGAGAACAGCCUGGGCACGGGGUACAGGACAACAACGCCACGGUGGGAGGACUUGCGCAUGCGCACAGGCGCUCCAAGAGAGAUGCUCCCGGCAACUCGCUCCGACUCCCACCCAUAUCAGGUUGCCCACAGGGACCGCCUGGUCCCGCGGGACGGGACGGGGUAGCAGGACGGGACGGACGGGACGGAGUCCAAGGCUCGGCCGGACCGACUGGACCGACCGGACCUGUCGGCUUACAGGGUCCAGCCGGGGACAAGGGAGACACAGGGCCACCGGGAAGAGACGGGGCGCCAGGCGCAGGAGGAAGUGUGUACACCCGAUGGGGGAGGAAGACUUGUGCUGAUAACAGCGGAGCAGAGCUGGUGUACUCGGGUGUGGCAGGAGGUACGCAUUUCAGUCAUCCAGGCGGCGGGACCAACUACCAGUGUCUGCCCACCAACCCACAGUGGGGGAGGUACGAAGAUGGAGUCCAAGGGACCAAGGCUUACAUGUACGGUGCUGAGUACCAGUUGGACAGAAACGUCCCGUUCGGCUCCACCUCCCUUCUCGAUGACAACGUCCCGUGUGCGGUCUGCUACGUCCCAACCCGCGGCAGUAAGUUGAUGAUCCCCGCCCGUAACACCUGCCCCACCGGCUGGACACAGGAGUACGAUGGCUACCUCAUGGCUGAGUACUACAACCACCCCGGUGCUACAGAGUACGUCUGUGUGGAUGAACAGCCGGAGGUGAUACAGGGUGGACACGCCAACCAUGACGGCGCGCUGUUCUACCCCGUGGAAGCCCGCUGUGGGUCCCUGCCGUGUCCCCACUAUGUGGAAGGGAGGGAGCUUACCUGUGUCGUCUGCACGAAGUGAAAUCUGUAGUCAUCAUUUAACCUUAGUUUCUGAGGGUCUAUAAUGUAGCAAAACCAAAACCCUACAACAUUCGUCAACACAAGUAAACAAAAACUGUUGGUAUGUUCACAACACUGUUAACAGUUAUCUGGAAUGAGGAUUACAGAAUAAAGAUCACUUCAUAAAAUCACAUAAAAAAGAAUAAAUAAGAAAGAUCACAUAAAAAUAUGUUUCUUGAAUUCUUGUUUGUUAUGCUACUUCAAUCAGAUUUGACCUAAGACUAUGAACUAUAUCCAAGCCUUCUGGAGUU